GGCGCCGCCCCUUCGGUCUCCUAGGUCUCGGGGAGGCGGCAACCGCUCCGAGUCGGCUCUUCCCGGUUGGCGGGGCCCGCGGAACCGCGGUCGUCUGGUGACCAUGGGGGACCCCAGCAAGCAGGACAUCCUGGCCAUCUUCAAGCGCCUCCGCUCGGUGCCUACCAACAAGGUGUGCUUUGAUUGUGGUGCCAAAAACCCCAGCUGGGCCAGUAUAACCUACGGCGUGUUUCUGUGCAUUGACUGCUCAGGGUCGCACCGGUCCCUUGGUGUGCACUUGAGUUUUAUUCGAUCUACCGAGCUGGAUUCUAACUGGUCUUGGUUCCAACUGCGCUGCAUGCAAGUGGGCGGGAAUGCCAAUGCGUCUUCCUUUUUCCAUCAACAUGGCUGUACCACCAAUGACACCAACGCGAAGUACAACAGCCGCAGUGCCCAGCUGUACCGGGAGAGAGUGAAGUCGCUGGCCUCACAGGCCACACGGAAGCAUGGCACCGACCUGUGGCUUGAUAGCUGCAUGGUCCCACCUUCAUCCCCUCCACCAAAGGAGGAAGACUUCUUCGCGGCACACGCGACUCCUGAGGUGAGUGGUGAAAUGCACGUGCCAGCACCGCCAGAGCCAUUUCCUUUAACACCACGGGCUGUGGAAGCCAAAGCAGAGAGGAACGAAGGUAUUCCAGAGCAAGGACCAAGUGUGGAAGGCCUCAACGCCCCAGGGAAGGCUGCUCUAGAAGUGUCAUCGAUCAUCAAGAAGAAACCCAAUCCAGCCAAACGAGGACUUGGGGCCAAAAAGGGAAGCCUAGGAGCCCAAAAACUGGCGAACAGCAGCUUUACUGAGAUCGAGAAGCAAGCCCAGGCUGUGGAUAAGAUGAAGGAGCCGGAAGACCAGGCCAGGGCAGCGCCAAAGGAGGAGUCUGUUGUGUCGUCCUUACGAUUAGCCUACAAGGAUCUUGAGCUUCACAUGAAGAAAGACAUGAAGCCCGGCGUGAGUGGUCGAAGCCAGGCGGAGGCAGAGCGGCUUGGCAUGGGCUUUGGGGCCUGCAGAGGCGGUGUUUCACACUCCGUGACAUCAGAUAUGCAGAUCAUAGAGCAGGAGUCUCCUACCCUGGCAAAACCAAGGAAGAAGUACCACGAAGACGACGAGUCAUACUUUACCUCGAGCUCCAGGUACUUCGAUGAGCCCUUUUCUAGCUGGGAUGACAGGACGGACUCCUACUGGAAGAGAGAGAGCAGCCGAGAGCCUGAGGUGGCCGUGAAAAGCGCAGGCUCUGCAGACAGACCUGCCCGCCGGAAGCCCGAGCCCGAGCCCGCCCACCACACAGAUGAGGCCCAGAAGAAGUUCGGCAAUGCCAAGGCCAUCUCCUCAGACAUGUACUUCGGAAGACAAGCCCAGACUGACUACGAGACCAGGGCCCGGCUGGAGAGGCUGUCGGCCAGCUCCUCCAUCAGCUCAGCCGAUCUGUUCGAGGACGAGCAGAGGAAGCAGGCGACAGGAAACUACAACCUCUCAAGUGUGCUGCCCAGUGCCCCCGACAUGGCGCAGUUCAAGCAGGGCGUGCGGUCUGUUGCCGGAAAGCUGUCUGUGUUCGCUAAUGGAGUCAUGACGUCCAUUCAGGACCGCUAUGGCUCCUGAUCCUGGAUCGACACUGUCCACCCUGGAGAAACUCGCGCGCCCGUUUGCUUCUCACGGCCUGCUGCGCCCUGGCAGCAACUCCAGAGCCCAGGCCUGCUGCCUCUCCUCAUGGUACAUGCCCCCUUUUGACUUUUACUGUUUCCUUGGAGAAACCCCUAUUUUGGAUGUAGCCGUUCUCUCGCCCGUCUGUCUGUCCGUCCAUCCAUGCUUGUUCCGCUGGCAUGUGCGCACCCACCUCUGCCUCAUUUUCCUAGAAUCUUCAGACCCAGCUCCCCUCUUACCCCUGCACGGGGGGAGGGCUCCCCAUGGACCGUUGGCCCCGAGUCACCUGAGACCAGGCUAGCCCCGGGCAGUGCACCCCACACAGGCCACCGCCAUCCCGGGUUCCAGGCGCACACAGAAAGCUGCCCGGCCGGCGGGCCGCACUGCCAUUUCCACCAGCUGGGCAUUGCCAGCCUUUGUAAUGGACUCUACCGACCCAAGACCACUUUGCAGCCAAGCACAUCUGCCAAGCCAGCUCCCGCUGCCCGGGGCGUUGCUCUUAACAAGCCCGUGCUGUUGGCUAGACGGGCGCUCGUGAGGGGCUGAAGUCGAUCGGUUACUGGGUGAACAGACCAAGGCUCCGGCCUGCCAAUGCAGACGCUACCUGCAGCGCGGGUCACACUUUCCCGCUCGAUCGUGCUGUUCAGAAAGUUCCAGAUGGGUGCAAAUCAGCAAAGAAAACAUCAUCUGGCUGUGUUUUAGACAGCAUUAGAAUAGAUGGCUCGGCACAGUGAAAUACAUUUGAAGUUUGAUGAACCGAAAAACCUGAUUUCAAAAGAAUAUUUUGUGAAUCUUUUCUUACAAGCUGAAAUUCGUAGACUUGUCAGUACAAUAAACAGCCACAGCAGAU